GUCGGCUCUUGGCAUCGAGAAUAUUGGAGGCAUGAUGUUAUAAAGCUUAAUUGCUUAACAUAUCAUAUAUGAAUAGCUUAAAUAGUUUAAUAUUUUACUCAAUUUUAGUGACUACAGACUACUGACUACAUCGAAUGCUGAACCUCGCUGAACUACCGACAACAUACUACUUAACUGAUUUAAAGCUGCCCUGGCGCAAUCCUGAAUUAUAAACUAUUUUAUAAUUAUUUGGAACUAUGGCGCUUCCUUCAACAUACAAACAAAUAGCUAUAAAUCAACAGUCUCCUGCUCGUGCUCCAGUCACAUUCAACAUUUUGAAAGCGACUAAAACGGGAUCCUAUCAAAAUGAACGUUUAAGACCUGGUGGGAGUUCCAAUCAAUUAUCUGGAUCAAAAGAUCAAAAUCAAAGUCCAUUCAUACCAAAUAGCCAUGGAAAUCCAGCAUUUCAUCCACAAAAAAUAUCAAAAGCUGCUGCUGAUGCCCGUGGUAUUAAACCUCCCAAACCCCCUGAGAAACCUCUUAUGCCAUAUAUGCGAUACAGUCGUAAAGUUUGGGAUCAGGUAAAGGCAAGUAAUCCUGAUUUAAAGUUAUGGGAAAUAGGUAAAAUCAUAGGACAAAUGUGGAGGGAUCUUCCAGAAGAUAAUAAACAAGAGUAUAUUGAUGAUUAUGAAUCAGAAAAGUUGACUUAUGAAAAAGCUAUGAAGUUAUACCAUACUUCACCAGCUUACUUAGCCUAUUUACAAGCAAAGAAUAAAGGUAAAUUGAAUCAAGUAGAAGAUAGAGAACCACAUGAAAGAUCAACAGGAGGUGGUAAACAAGCAGCUGCUGAUCGUAGAAUUGAAAUACAACCAGCUGAAGAUGAAGAAGAUCAAGAUGAUGGAUUCAGUGUGAAGCACAUAGCUUAUGCUAGGUAUAUAAGAAAUCAUAGAUUGAUUAAUGAAAUUUUUUCUGAUAGUGUUGUUCCCGAUGUACGGUCAGUGGUUACUACUGCUCGUAUGCAAGUUUUAAAGAGACAAGUUCAAAGUUUAACCAUGCAUCAGAAAAAAUUAGAGGCAGAAUUACAACAAAUUGAAGAAAAAUUUGAUACUAAAAAAAGAAAAUUUAUUGAAUGUAGUGACACAUUUCAACAAGAAUUAAAAAAGCACUGUGUACAAGCAGUAUCAGAGGAAGCAUUUCAAAAAAUGGUAGAACGCCAAGUGGAGAUAUUGCAAAAAGAACGGACUAAAACUGUGUGCCCACCAGGGCCUCCUGAAGAAUUUUCUAAAGUAAAUUGUGAGCAGCAAUUAGAACAAAAUGGAGCUGUACCAUCAAUUGAAGAAGACACUUCAUCGUGUGUAGUUCCUUCUAGUACCACUGAUGAUAGUUCAAAUAUGGAAGUUGAGUCUGGUGUAACUUCUGACAGCUCAUCAAAAUCUGAACAGCUUGUAAUAACAGAAACUAGAGAAAAUGGAGAAAUUGCAACUUCUCCACCACAAUCUUCUCAUCAAUCUCAACCUCAAUUAUUAAAAGAGCAACAGCUACCACAAAUUCAAUCACAACAACCUCAAUUCCAAGUCCAAUCGCAGUUUCAACAACAAUUAUCACAAACACAACCUUUGCAGCCCCAGCCUUCUCAACAAUCUUUACAACCUCCUCAACAACAACUGUUACAGCCACAGCCUUCAUUACAACAAUUGCCUCAAGCACAGCCAAUAUUACAGCAAUUACCUCAAGGACAGCCUACAUUACAUCAAUUGCCACAGACACAACCUGAAAUACAACAACUAUUGCAGCCACAGAAUUCUUUUCAGCAGAUACCACAGCAACCAGCAUCUACAGCAUUACAACAACAACCAGAACAAGUCUCUCCACAGCCACACCCUCAACAACACUCUCCUCAACCACAAUUGCAGCCACUAAAUCAUCACCAGCAACAACCUUUACAGUCAAAUGUAGUGCAACAACAGUCUUUACAACCAUCUACUCCACAGCAACAGCCUUUACAACAAUCUACUCCACAGCAGUCGCCUUUACAGCCACAUCCUCCGCAACAACAGCCUUUGCAGUCUAACCUUCCUCAACAACAAUCUUUACAGCCACAUGCUGCACAGCAACAGCUUUUACCAUCACAUGCUCCACAACAACAGCCUUUACAGCCACAUGCUCCUCAACAACAGCCAUUACAGCCACUUGCCUCACAACAACAGCCGUUACAGCCACUUGCCCCACAACAACAACCUCUACACCCUCAUACCCCACAACAACAGCCUCUACAGCCACUUGUCCCACAACAACAGCCUUCACAACCACAUGUCCCACAACAACAACCUUUACAGCCAUCCCCUCCUCAACAACAGUCAUUGCAGCCAAACCCUCCUCAACAACAACCAUUACAGCCAAACCCUCCUCAACAACAACCAUUACAGCCAAACCCUCCUCAACAACAACCAUUACAGCCAAACCCUCCUCAACAACAACCAUUACAGCCAAACCCUCCUCAACAACAACCAUUACAGCCAAAUCCUCCUCAACAACAAUCUUUGCAGCCACAUGCUACACAGCAACAGAUUUUACAAUCACAUGCUCCACAACAACAGCCUUUACAACCGCAUCCCUCCCAACAACAUUCUUUACUGCCACCUGCUUCCCAACAACAUACUUUACAGCCUCAACUUCAACAGCAGCCACAAACUCCACAACAACAGUCUCCUGUACAACAAUCAUCAAUUCAAACACCUCCACAACAACAGUCUUCACAGCCUCAAUUACAAACUCCACAAACACAACCAUUACCUUCCCCACAGGUACCACAACUGCAAUCACCACUUCCACAACAAUUACCAACUCCACAGGCACAAAUGCAGCCACAAUCACUUCCAGCACAGCCUCAAUUGCAGCCAACGCAAUCUCAAUCACAACCACCACAGUCCCAAUUACAACCACCACAGUCACAAUUGCAACCACCACAGUCUCAAACUCAACAGCCUCAGUCUCAAAGUCAAGCACAACCCCCUUCAGUCAUGGUGCCGCCACCACCUACUAUUCCUCCAGCACUGGGAUCAGAUUCCCCUUCAAAUGUUGUUUCAUCAACUACAGAAUCACCACCAAAAGUACCAGAAUCUAAAGCUUAUUCUGCUCCUUCAACUCAGCCAUACCCAUCAUUAUCACAGUCUUACGCUCAAGUACCUCCAUUUCAACUGUCACAAAACUCUCAAGUUAAUGUUCCAAGUGUAUAUCCACCAAAUCAAGUUCCAACAAAUACUGCUCCUCCACAACAUCCACAUUCGGGUAUGAUGCAACCUCCUCAGAUUCCUCCUUCUCAAGGAGCACCAUCAUCAACCCCAUCAACUGGGUUUCCUCCGUAUCCACAACAGCAACCUUAUUCUUCUCAAGCAAUGCCACCCAGGCCUUACACAUAUCCUCCACAACCAUAUCCUCAAUAUACACCUCAUCCAUAUUAUCAUCAAGCUCCUUAUCAACAGUAUCCGCCACCACCUCCACGUGUUGCAUAUCCACAACAAAUAGGUACUGUUAAUCAAGAUACAAAUCAACCACCACUUGAAAAUAUGUAUAACACGCCUUCAAUUUCUGGACCAUCUGAAAAAUCAAAUGAUGAAAACAAGCAAUUAAUUGAUGAAGUUAAAUCUACUGAAAUAAAUACAGCUCAUGAGAAACCAGCUGAACAAGAAGAAACAGUUCCACCUCAAUCAUCUGCAGCAAAAGUUGACGAAAUUACACAAUAAUUCAUUUAUAAAUGCUAAAAAAAAAAUUCAAAAUGUUUUCAAAAUCAAUUUUACUUUUGUACUAAGUCUUAAAUGACUGAUAUUAUUUAUACUAUCAUUGAAAGUAUUUUCAUAUUAUAAUAAUUAUUAUAAAGUCGAUUUAUUUAUAAAUAUUUUUAGAAUUAGAAUAUAUGGGUCAUGGUGUAAAUAAACUAAAUUGUUUUCAUUCUCUCUAAUUUAUUAGUUGUGUAAAAAGUUCACUUCUUAUUCAUUAAAUAAUUUUAAUGUUUAA